AUUGACGUAGAGCGCGUGCACCGCCCCGGUCGUUGGAGGGGAAAAGAUGGCGGGCGGUCGCGGUGGGGGCUCGUGAGGCAGCGGCUUCCGGGCCAGGGGGAGUGUAGAGAGCGGCGCGGCAGCGGGGUCCGGUGGCGGGGAUAAGAGAACAGUCGGACGUGUUUUAGAAACAAGAUCGCCAUGGCCACAGAAAUUGGCUCCCCACCCCGGUUUUUCCAUAUGCCGAGGUUCCAGCACCAGGCACCUCGGCAGCUGUUCUACAAGAGACCUGAUUUUGCACAGCAGCAGGCAAUGCAGCAGCUCACCUUUGAUGGGAAACGGAUGAGAAAAGCUGUGAACCGGAAAACCAUAGACUACAAUCCCUCUGUAAUUAAAUAUUUGGAGAAUAGAGUAUGGCAGAGAGACCAGCGAGAUAUGCGGGCAAUCCAGCCUGAUGCAGGAUAUUAUAAUGAUCUGGUCCCUCCUAUAGGAAUGUUGAAUAACCCUAUGAAUGCUGUAACAACAAAAUUUGUUAGGACAUCUACCAAUAAAGUAAAAUGUCCGGUGUUUGUUGUCAGGUGGACUCCUGAAGGGAGGCGCUUGGUCACUGGGGCUUCUAGUGGAGAGUUCACCUUGUGGAAUGGAUUGACUUUCAAUUUUGAAACAAUAUUACAGGCUCACGACAGCCCUGUAAGGGCCAUGACUUGGUCGCACAAUGAUAUGUGGAUGCUGACAGCAGACCACGGGGGAUAUGUGAAAUACUGGCAGUCCAACAUGAACAACGUCAAGAUGUUCCAGGCACAUAAGGAGGCGAUUAGAGAGGCCAGUUUCUCACCCACGGAUAAUAAAUUUGCUACAUGCUCUGACGACGGCACUGUUAGAAUCUGGGACUUUCUACGUUGCCAUGAGGAGAGAAUUCUUCGAGGAGUUGACAAACGGAUUUCUAGGGCAUAUUGUUGGUAUUACAGUUAUCCCUAGAGGCACCAAUCAUGUUGGGGAUCAUUGUGCUGUCUGCUGUACAAAGGAUCAAAUUCUGUGCUGAUGUAUAUUCCAUGCAAUCACAUUAACUAUUCAGUUGGAUUGUAUAAGAGAGGAGUGAUUGCAUCAGUGCAGAGUUCAGUCCACUGUGUAGGUCUUGCAUUAACUUCAUUACUCUUUCCUUAUCUAUGUUCUUCUGCAUGGAGGUCUCUUAGGCCAAGGGAACAAAUUACUUAAGAAUUUCAGGCCAGUAUAUAAUGAUACUUGUACUGUAUUUUCUUCUGUUUCAUUUUCUCAAAGAUUGGGAUUGUGUAUACAUUCUAUGUAUAGUUUCAUUUUUAAAUACACUAUAAAAUUGUCAGUGUGAAAUCCAUCAUAUUUGUAUAUAGCAAAAUAGUUGUAUAAAGAGAAUAGGGCUUGUACCGUCACUGUCCAUAUAGUGUAUGUACAAUACACCCCUUUUUUACUGACUUUAUGUAAAUCAGCAGUAUUGCCAGAUCUUCACCACCUGACAUAAUAGAGCACAUGGAUUUUUUUGAGAACCUUUACUUUCACUUGCGGAACAAAACCUUUCUAAAACUGGUGGAAAAUACGAUCUCUUCAUUCAGGAGUGCAAGCUGGAUUUUUUGGUGCCCUGUGCUGUAAAACUGAUUAAAGGAACUAAAUGAGUCUGUUACAUGUCCUCAGUAGAGAGAGAUGUAAUAUGGGCUUUCUUGCUCCAAACCUUCCUUUAUCUUCUGCCCACAUAUUGAAGUUUUAAAGUAUUAUUUAGAAUGAUUGCCUGGAAAAUUGUCAAUGAAGUACAGAUUUUAGAACAUACACAUCUCCCUACAAUGAUGGUUGUCUUAAAAGAUUUGUAUUUACUUAAAGGUUUUCAGCAAGUAAAGUUGCAGUGGGCUGUAUGCAAAUUAGAAUCCUAAAAGGAUUUCAUUAAGACUAAUUGAUAUCAACACACCUCUCACACUUUUUGACCUGUCCAGUUAUGUCUGUAUAUACUAUUUGAUCAAGAAUGAUGAUAUACUUCCUGUUCUCUCACAAACCAUUCUUCAAGUACUCUGGUUAAUACUCAUGCCACUGAAGUUCAGCACAAUUAAGGGGAUGCUCUGAUGUAGUUUAGGCCAAAAAUUUUAUUCUUAAAAUUUUACACUAUCCUCCAGCUUUUGAAUAUCUGUUUAUAAAAAAUAGAAGACUCCCACACUUCAUUGUCAGAGUAUACAUAAAAAAUCCAUUCUCUGAGACCUCAAAUGUCAAUAACAAGUUCUUCCUGCUAUUCUGCUGCAGCAAGCUAAUCAAACUAUUUCAAAACCAGCCUGAGGAUCUUGCACAAUACACUACCAUGCUGCUGUAGCUCGUUUCUAGUUUGCUUCUAGAUUAGCAGGUACAGAGAGUGCAGCAAAAUCAGGCUCAUCUUUGGUAUAAGAUGUUGAUACUCCAUUGACUUAAUGCUUUUGCUUACUGUAGAAGUGGCCAAGUUUGUUUAUCUCCAUUAGGGGAGGAAAUGCUUGAUGUUGCUCUUUGGGACUAAUUCUAGCCAGGUUGGGAGUGGUGCCGGUGGACUGACCUUCAGUUGCGGUAGGGGAGGAGAGAGAGAGGUGAGGAGACGGGGGUUUGAGGAAUUCUAGAGAAAGAUGUUGUCAUCACUGAAGGUAGUCAAAGAAUCAUUAUUAUUUUGGUUUUAUUAGGAACAUGGGGGGCAAUUAGCAUUUGCCAAAUGGAAAAACACAGAUAUAGAAGUUAGGGUUACCUGUUUGUGCCUUAUUUUGCUUUAAGUUGUAAAAAGGACUGAAUUAAAAGAAAAAAGCCUGACUCAAUCCUUUUAGCCUCUCAGUUGCUCAGCUUUCAUUCUUUUGAUGCCAUUGUCAUGCCAUUUCUUCAGUUACUGUAGUUUUUCAGGGCAGACAAGACAACUUAUUUUUUAACAUUCGAAACUCAUUUGGUUUCUAAAAAAAAUAGUUUCAAGCUCAUAUUCUAAUCUACAUCAUAAAGAAGUAAAAAGGACAAAAGCGCUUUUUGCUUUGUAGGUCACUGAUAAGAAGGAGACUUUCACAUUGGAAAACUUGAAAUAAGAACAGUGGUACAAACAGCAUUUCACCUUAGUAAUAGUUGUCGUUACAAAUUUGUCAAUAUGAAAACAUGACAGGAUCAAGUAGGAAGUUAAAAUAGACUGGAUUGGAGUCAAGCCCUUGUUUAUACAUAAACAGCUUUAUACAGUUUUUGAUAAUUAUCAAGUGAGGAAAGAAAAUUGUAUGGAAAGUCAAUUAAGUCUUGCAUGAGAGUAUUUUUUUUAGGCCUUUCUAAAGGCAUUUCUGUUAGGGCAGGUGACACAAAAAUAAGUCUUUGGUUUAAAGGUUUUGUUAUAAGACUCACAAAUCAAGGAUAUGUGCUUGUAACACCUCUUUUCUCUGUGGCAGCUUACAUGUUCACAUUUUUGUAGGAACACUUGUUCCAUCUGAAAUGGCUGUGCAAAAAUUAUAUGUAAUCAACUUCUGGUGUCAUUUUAUAUUCUAGGAGACUAAGGUUGCUAGCCAUUGACUUUACUGAGAGGUCUUGAAUCCCAGGAUGUUGGGCUCAAGCUAAUGGGGCAAGGAAGGUCUUUAAAUCCCAUUUGUAGUAAACAUGCCAUUCUAAAUUGCACAUAACAGUAUGAACAGAAAUCAUAGGUUAGGAUACACCCUUUUUCUUAAAUAUACUAGUUAUAUUAUAAUGGUCUACCUGAAAUAGAGAGCCUAUGUAUAUAACACAUUUGAUAGUAAUAUUAAAUUUCAUAUUGGGCCAAAUUUUCUUGCUUUUUCUACCAAUUGAAAUCAGUGGGAUUGUGCUUGUGUACUUUAGAGAGAUUUGCCCCAUUGUAUCUAGUAGACAAAAUACAUACAGUUAUUAGUUAUGUAAUAUAACAGGAAGAAAUUAAGUUGCAAACAUUGGAAAGAGCUUAAGUCCAGCUCUGUUACUAAAUAUGUUGGCCAGUUAAAUUACUGGUCUUUGAUCCAAAGAAGACUCAGAAUAUUCUGGAUGGCUAUUGCUGGGCUUUGCACUUACAUUGCCAGAACAUACCAUAGUAUUGUAAAUAAUGAAUGCAAGCAGUAGCUUUGAGUACUUUCAUCAACUUCUUAUUCUAGUUCUCUUUAAGCAAGAUCAUACAGUUACAGGGACUCUUGAGAAAGAUGCCUAAAAUGCAAUUGACCUAAAACCUAUCAGGAAUGCUCAAAGACUGCUAUUCAGAAUUGUGCACUGGGGGAUGCAGUCAUUUAUUUUGAACACUAGUCUUUUUACCCUUAAAGCCACAAGCAGACAAGAAAAAUAAAGCUUUUCCACUGGUCUAAAGCUUUCAGAGCUAUAAUCCAUAUCCAGAAUGAAAGGCAAUAGAUUGAGCACUUUUGCCUUUGUACUAUAUUAAAAAUUGAGCCGCCUUGCUGUGUUUGAUUCUGGGUUGUGUUCUGCUUGGGUCUCACUACUUUUGAUGUAAGUAGUCCCAUUAGUGUUGGCCUGAGAUAUGUAUAUAUGCACUUCAUAUGUACUCUGCAAAUGUAUUCCAAAGCUUAUCUUAGUAACAAGGUUCAUCAGAAUUCACCAUCCAAACAGAACAGCAAUUCUCAUUUCAAACUUAGUUUUUUUAAAUUUACUUUUAAUCAUGUUCACUACACUUAACUCCUUUUUCAUAUUUAACUUUUUGAUAGCAGUUGCAAUGCAGUACUGUAAUGUGUAGGAAAUAUCCAGCUCCUCCUAAAGUUGCAAAUCUGUCAGGCACCCUUCCCAAAAGUGGUGAGAGUCAUGAAAAAGCAUUGUAAUAAGAUGAACUUUACAAAGAUUCAAGAGCAUUGUGUACAUAGCAGAAAUGCAGACUUACUAUGUUGUGCUUUCCUAAUUUUUUUUUUAAAAAAAGCUUUCAUAGUGUUUUGUUAUGCCAGGUCUUGGUGAAUAUUGUAUUCAUAUCUCCAUAAAACUUGCAGUGACAAAUUCCUCAAAUCCUCGUCUGCUUUCAGAGACUCCUGGCCCACCUAACCUUCUGUGUUAAUACUGUCUAAUUGUCUUAGAGCAAGAGCUUCUGAUUAUCAUUCUGGGUAAAUUUAGUCUCCCAUUUCCCCUGAGCGUGCAGAAGGCCAGUUAUGUAGAGAUUGAUAGGGAAAGUUGAAAAGGGGAUGGGUAUUCUUGGAUUUCUCUCCCAUAUCCAUCUACGAAAUAGAAUGAUAAAUUCAAUUUUUCUCCCUACCAAGGUAAGGUAUUAGCCAAAGGCUUUUUCAUAUAGUAAAUGAUUAUAAGCCACCAUAGUUUCUUUUAAACUCUGUUCUAGUAUGAUUAUUCAGAGUUUAUAAACUAUUGCACUGAGUUCCAGUACACACACAUGCCAAUGGUUUCUUCCAAUUAUAUAAAUUACUAUAAGGAAAUGCCUUUUGCUCAUAUCUUUAAUGCCUUUGCUUUGACUGGGAGAGAAGUUGAAUUUCCCAGUCGGGCAUAAGAAAGUAAUCCAGGAGUUCCCAUCCCAUACCAAAAAAACAUUGGCAUGUGUGUGUACUGGAACUCAGUGCAAUAGUGAUAAAAUUUAGUAAUGUUUUCAUAUGCUCACAAGUUUGGAAACAGUAAGGGGCUGGGUGUGCUGCCCUUUCGUUGCGUAACACCUCAUUCCAUAAGUAGUCCUAUUGAAACAACUCUGAAGAACUCAGCUUUUUCCAGUCAAUAUAUUCUGCUUCUGGAUCUGCUUUGGGGUGUAAAAUCUCUUGAAGCUUAAUUCUAAGCUUUUGAUCCUUUUUAGUUUAAUUUCUGAAAGACUUUCAUUUAUGUGGUUGGGUUUAUUUCCCCAACAGGGCAGCAGCAUUCCUUAUUGGCUUUUGGAGGAAAUGCAGUCUAGAUAUUGAGAUGGGGUUGGAAACAAUGAUUCUUGAGUUUUGUUCCCAGUUCUACACUGACUUGCUAUAUAGCUUUGGACAAACUUCCUAACAUCUGUGUGCUUCAGUUUACUCCUCUGUGAUUCUGCUACAUAAUAAAAGUACUUAUCUAUCUUAGGAGUGUUGGAAAAUCCACAGCCCUGAGUGACCUAGUUAUAUCACCCUAACCCCCGGUGUAGACAGUGCUACGUCAACGGGCGGGCUUCUCCCAUCAACAUAGCUAAUGCCUCUUGGGGAAGUGGGAUAUCUACGCUGAUGGAAACUCUCCUAUUGGCAUAGGUAAUGUCUUCACUAAGCGCACAGUAUGCCCUUUUUUGGAAUUUGGACAAACUUAAUUGGUGGUUCAACUCCUACAGUUAAAUGGAAAUUUUGAACUGGGAAGCGGAGCCAUGGCUCUGGGAGGUGGGGAUGGCGUAAGGGAGCUGAGACUGGGCCCAUAGCUAGAGGCCAAGUGCAGCGGCAGUAGCCAGGGUCCCAGGCAUGGGCCAGCAGCUGGGGCCACGAGCAGAGCUGGGUGAUGCUCCCUCUCCACCUCCCAUGGGAGAUGGCCUAGGCCCCAGCUGUGCCCUCCCUGAAUGUUCUUUGUGCCCGCCUAGUGAGGCGCACCCCACAGUUUGAGGACCUCUGCUCUAGAGUGCAGGUGUUCUUGUGCCGCUGUUUGUUUACAGCCUCAGCUGGUUUUGGUACUGAGAUAGGAUCUUGAAGUUCUGGUGGCUUUACUGGCUUGCUCUAUAAAAAUAUAUUUCCACUGCUCUUGUGACCCAUCUUUGUAGCAUUUUGGUUCAGAAGGUAAGCCAGAGAACACUCCUGUAGUUUUAAUAAAAUAAUCAGUCCAGCCCUGUUGAAUUGCUAGCCAAUACAAAUAUUCUGCUAAUUAUCACAAAAAUAAGGAUCAACUGAGAAUCAUAGAACCAUAGGGUUAGAAGAGGACGGCAAGGGUCAUCUAGACUACCCCUCUGCCAAGAUGCAGGAUUUGUUUUGUCUAAACCAUCCAAGACAGAUGGCUGUAUGGCCUCUUUUUGAAAACUCCAGUGAAGGAGCUUCUAAACUUAAAUUAUAUUUUAGGGAGAUUGAUUUGAUUUUAAAAUGAUACAUUCCGACUCUUGCUCACAGUGUCUCCUCUCAACACCCAAUUCACCUACCAAUACAGAACAAGAUUCUCUUGCUUUUGUUUUGUUUUUUAAUUGCUCAUUUUUGUAGAAACUACUGUGUAAGCUACCCCAAAGUCUUAUAUUUCUUUCCUUUCAAAAAUAUUUUUAUUUGAAACAGUCCUUUAAUCCUCUUUCAGCAACACACAAGAGGGAAACACAGUGAGGGGACUGGAAAGUAUGUUACCCUAUAUCCUGUAUGUAAAUUCUGCUCCCAAAUACUGAUAGCUGUUGUGAUAAUGAUGUGGCUUUUGC